AUGGACACAUUGGAACUAAUUCAAGAAAGAAAAGGAGUUUCCCAGAUCCAUUCAAAGGAAAACCCUCGGGCUGAAAUUAUCCGAGCAAAACUCAUUCAGGAUUUUAAUCUAUUGGACCAUUUACAAGGAUUGGUCAUCAAUGACCCUAAAUAUAACAUGAAUGAUGUUAAAGAUCCAAAGGUGCUGAACAAGUUGAUGGUAGAAGAUCCUCUGCAAUUGGUCCGCUUUGAUUUUAAUCCAGUUCGAAACGUAAAUGUUUCGCCAAAUUACAGACAGAGAAACUGUCUUCAGAAUCGUUAUGUCAAGUACCCACCACUCAACAUGUGGGCGCAAUGGAUCCUGGACAGUUCAUUUUUCAGAAACCUUAUUCUGUAUCUUAUUAUCCUCAACACUAUUGUAUUUGGUGUUUUAGUAGAUGUUGCUGACAAACCAGGACCAAAGUUCCAUGCUGUAAUGACCAUGUUAGUGAUCAUCGACUGGUGCAUUCUUUCAGUUUUGACAUCUGAAAUCAUUCUCAGGUGGCUUUAUGAUUUUGUAAAUUUUUGGAAAAGUGGCUGGAACGUGUUUGACUUGACCGUCCUAAUUACGUCUCUAGUUCCAGAGGUUGUUAAAGGAACUAAUCUCAAAACCAGCAUUGAACUACACUUCUUGAAAGUUACUCGGAUCUUCAGAGCUUUACGUUCUUUAAAAAUGAUGAGAAGAUUUCAUCAAGUGCGGUUGAUUUUAUUGGCUAUUACAAAAGCGUUUAAGACAAUGACAUUCAUCCUGCUGUUGGUGUUGAUAUUUGCUUACAUGUUUGCAGUGGUUGGAGUGUCACUUUUUCGUACUUACACUGAAUCUGACAAACCAGGACUUAUUUACCACUCAUCUUUUAGGGGUAUCCUGCACACAUUACAGACCCUCUUCCAGUUAUUUACCUUGGACCAUUGGUAUGCUCUGCUCACCGACAUAUGGCAGGUUGAUGAAAUUGACAAAAUUGCAAGUGGGAUAUACAUAAUGCUCUGGAUCCUGAUCGGUUCCUUCAUUUUCAGAAAUAUAAUUGUUGGGAUAAUGGUGAGCAAUUUUCAGUCCAUAAGGAAGGAUCUAGCAACACAAAUUAAACAGCUUGAAACCCAACGAAAAGCAGACCAUUUUAAACUACAGAUGAUGCAGAGGAGAUUGAGUCCAGAAAUUAGCGUAAAAGAUAUUCUGAACAAAGGAGAGAGACCAUCAGAAUCUGAAAUAACUCACAUGAGUGAAAUGGAUUUUAGAUCAAGCAGCCAUGCGAGUCAUUCAAGUGAUAUGUCUUACAAAGCUGGCAAAGAUUGGGAGAGCUAUGUUCGUAAAAACAUAAAGCUGAUGCAAAGUAAUUUAGCAAGAGAGAAGGUCAUCUGGCCCAGAGAUUCUUUGUUCCAUUACUACGAGCUACUAGAACAGCUGCAAUACAAUCUGUGUGAACGGAAGAAACUACAAUUUCUUGCAGAGCUGAGCUGCACACUUUGGACCCCAAAUAUGGAGGAUGUGCUAUGA